CCCCACUCCGGCCGACGCCUGCUCCAGCCGUGCAGCGCCUCUUCUCCAGCCAGGCGCCGCGUCUGGCUUGCACGGCCCUGGCGCUCGCCCUCCCACCGCCCGCGCACGCCGCGCCUGUCCGCGUGCCGCGAGCCUGAGGCGCCGCACGUCUGCACCACCUCCUGAGCCGACCGCUGGCCCGCGUCUCGCCUGCCGAGCACGCCAUGUCCGGCGGCGCGCCCCUCUUCCGGCCCGCGGCGGUGCGCCCCUCGACGUCGAUCUCAGGCAUCUCGGGCAUCAGCGCGUCCGUCUCGGCCGCGUCGCUGGCGCCCUCCACACACCACCUCGCCUUCCCCUCGACCGACUCGGACCUGGCGGCAGCGCUGCGCCGCGUCGACAUGCUCUCGAGCGAGGGCAUCGACGAGGCAGACACGCAGACGGGCGACGAGAGCUUGGACACGGAGGAGGAGGAUGACGACGACGACAUCUUCAGCACCACCAGCGGCCGGCGGCACGGCGCGGUGCUGCAGCCCGAGAUGGACGACUGGCUGAUCCUCGAGACCCCAUACAUGACGCAUUGGAACCAUAAGCGGCAUGGGACCGGCGGCAAUCCGCGGCAGCGCAACCCGGCAGAUGCGCCCGACUGGCGCAUGCGCGAGCGCCUGCGCACCGUCACGGCGGCGCUGGUGAUGUGCCUGAAUAUCGGCGUCGACCCGCCAGACGUGUCGAAGACGAACCCGUGCUCGAAGCUGCUCUGCUGGAUGGACCCGUCGUCGCUGGAGGUGUCCAAGGCGCUGCCGGCGAUCGGCAAGAACCUGCAGGCGCAAUUCGAGACGCUGAGCAUGAAGACGCGCUACAAGCAGUACCUCGACCCGAUCGUCGAGGAGACGAAGCGCUUCUGCACCAGCCUGCGGCGCACGGCCAAGGACGAGCGUGUGCUCUUCUACUACAACGGCUUUGGCGUGCCCAAGCCGACGCCCGGCGGCGAGAUUUGGGUGUUCAACAAGGCGUACACGCAGUACAUUCCCGUCACGCUCUUCGACCUGCAGAACUGGCUCGGCAGCCCGUGCAUCUUCGUCUGGGACGCCAGCUCGGCCGGCAAUGUCGUGGUGAACUUCAAGCGCCUCGCCGAGCGGCGCGCCGAGGAGGAGCGCGCCAAUGGCGGCGGCUCGUCGCAGCCGCAGCCGCAGCCGGGCGCAUCUGCGCAGCACUUUCCGCUGCGCGAGAGCAUCCAUCUCGCGGCGUGUGCGCCGGACGAGGUGCUGCCGAUGAACCCCGACCUGCCGGCGGACCUCUUCACGUGCUGCCUGACCUCGCCGAUCGAGAUCAGCCUGCGCUGGUUCGUGCUGCAGAACCCGCUGCCCUCGCGCCUCAACGUCGACAUGGUGAUGAACAUCCCCGGGCGGCUGCAGGACCGCCGCACGCCACUCGGCGAGCUGAACUGGAUCUUCACGGCCAUCACCGACACGAUUGCGUGGACGGUGCUGCCGCGCGCCAUCUUCCGGCGCCUGUUCCGCGACGACCUCAUGGUCGCGGCGCUGCUGCGCAACUUCCUGCUGGCCGAGCGCAUCAUGCGCUUCUACCACUGCACGCCGAUGAGCCACCCGAAGCUGCCGCCGACGCACAACCACCCGCUGUGGGACAGCUGGGACCUGGCCGUCGACCAGUGUUUGGCGCAACUGCCGACGCUGCUGGAGAAGGAGAAGGCGCAGGCCGACGCGGCGAACGGCGGCCCGCCCGUGCCGCCGCACCUCGCCGCCUUUGAGUACCGGCACUCGUCGUUCUUCAGCGAGCAGCUGAAGGCAUUUGAGGUGUGGCUGUCGCAAGGCGGCGUCAGCCGCAAGGGACGGCGGAGGCGCGUCGACGCCACGUCGCUCGCGAUUCGGCACGGCGUCACGGGCAUCCCACACGCCGGGUCCAGUGCAUCAUCUGCUGCGGGCACGGUGGAUGAGGAGGAUGAGGCGACAGCGCGGCCACAGCGGGAUCCGCCAGAUCAGCUGCCGAUCGUCCUGCAGGUGCUGCUUUCGCAGGUGCACCGGCUGCGGGCCUUGAUCCUCCUCUCACAGUUCCUCGACCUCGGGCCAUGGGCCGUCAAUCUGGCGCUCAGCAUCGGCAUUUUUCCCUACGUGCUCAAGCUGCUGCAGUCGCCCGCGGCCGACCUCAAGCCGGUGCUGAUCUACAUCUGGGCGCGGAUACUGGCCGUCGACCGCAGCUGCCAGAACGACCUGCUGCGCGACUCGGGCUUCGUCUACUUUGCCGGCGUACUUAGCCCCUUCUCGCCUUCGACUUCUGCCAACGCGGCUGCGGCAGGCGUUGCGGGCAACGGCAACGCGCUGCCCAUCCCCAACGUGUCGGAGCACCGCGCCAUGUGUGCCUUCAUCCUCGCCAUCUUCUGCCAGGACUUUCCGGCAGGGCAGGCAGCCGCGCUGGAGACGGACGCGAUGGACUCGUGCCUCGAGCACCUGGAGGACGAAGACUUCCUGCUGCGGCAGUGGAGCGCGCUGUGCCUGGCGCAGCUCUGGGACGAGAGCGCGGCCGGCAAGGCGCGCGGCCUGUCGAAGGAUGCGCAGGGCAAGCUGUGCAUGAUGCUCGCCGACGCCUCGCCCGAGGUGCGCGCGGCAGUGCUGUAUGCCCUCGGCACCCUGCUGGGCGCCAGCGGCUCGAGCUUCGACCCGCUCGACCCGCUGACGACCUCGCCGGCGGCCAAGCACACUGGCGGGCAGCGGGCGCGAUGCCUCGGCACGGGCACUGCCACCGGCCUGUCGCCGGCGGAUCAGCGGUCGCUCGAGGUCAACAUCGCCGUCACCAUGCUGGUGACGCGCGGCGAUUGCAGCCCGAUGGUCCGCAAGGAGCUCGUCGUGGCUCUCAGCCCGCUCAUUCGCGAGUACCAGGGCUUCUUCGUGGUGGCAGCCUACCUGUACUACGAGCGCGAGGACCGGCGGCAUUCCCGGAGGGCACGCACGCGGUCGACCGGCUCGCGAACGACGCAGAGCUACGACGCGCAAGAAGAGCAGGACGAGGACGAUGCGGUCAUCCGGCGCAUCAUCGAGCGCCUGCCCGCCGAGUACAAGCUGGAGGAGGCCGACGAGGCGAACAUCGCCGCCUGCUCGACCAUCUUCACGGCGCUGCUCGAUCUCAGCGCAGACGCGUACCCGGAGGUCGCCAGCCUGACGUGCACGAUCCUCGACUACAUCGUGGCGCUCAUGCGGGAGAGCGGCGUGGGCCGCAUCGCCGAGAACACGACGCUGCGCUUCGGCGCCGGCGCCGGCGACGCCACGCAUCGUCUCGUCACGCCCAAGGCGACGAACCUCGGCGCCGAGGGCUACUUCUCGUACACGCCGCGCCGGGCGUCGCAGGACAUUGCAGGCCAUGCGUUCACGUUUGGCGCCUCGUCGACGGCUGCCACCACGCUGAACAGCAACGGCUACAGCAGUCUGCGCAGCCCUGGUCGGCCAGCGGCCCGGAGGGCCCCCAGUCUGGCGCAGACAGUCAAGGCGAUCGCCACGCUGGGCUACUCGCGGCCGUCUUCGCCCGUGGGCUCGCCAGACGAAGACAGUGGAAUUCGCAGCCCCGGCAGCGCCGCCGGCUCGGCGCAGCACUCCGGCAGCGCCACGCCUGCGCUUGCCGCGCGCGUGCCUGCGCCCUCGUUCAACCUGGCGCAGUACGUCUCGCCGUACGCUCACGCGCGCCGCUCGACGACGCCGACGACGCCAGAGACACCGCGCAGCCCCAGCGCGACGCUGCCGACCUCGAGCUCGACCGCAGCGCUCGUCGCAGCAGCGCACCGCUCGUCCAGCGCCGAGAGUCUUGCCGCGAUCGCGCGCAUGCAGGCGCGCCGCGGCAACACGAGCGGCAGCACCACGCCUGGUGGCACGAUCAGUUCGCCGCUGGCAGAGCGCCAUCCCACGCCGAGCAGCGCAGCCCUCGCGCCGCCACAGAUGACCGGCGCGCCUGAGAAGGACGACGCCAAGGCUGUUGCGGCGCUGGCGAACCUCGUCGCUGCUGAUCUGCAGCGCUUCAAAGACCGGGCCGCAUUGGGCGCCGAGCUUGCCGCUGCUGGCGUGCCUCCGGGGGCCGCCGGACUAGCGGCCUCAUCUGCCGGCAACACGCCGAUGGCAAGCCCGUCGAUGACCCGCACGUCGACGCGCGACGGCAACCACUCUUCUGUUUCGAGCGCAGCGAGCAGCCCAGGCGGCAACGUCGGUCUGCGCGAGGUCCUGCCGCUGAAGAGCCGCCUCUUCUCGUGGUGCGCCGAGUACUACACGGAGCCGCAGAUGAAGUCGGCCGAGGCCGAGGAGCCGGGCAGCGUCAAGUACAACGUGCAGACGUGGAAGCGGCAGCGCAACGAGCGCCUCGUGAGCGAGUCGCAGGCGCACACCGACCAUGCGGGCUCGACGCCGUGGACGGACAACAUCGGCACGAUCAAGAAUGGCGCUCCGCCGUACCUGAUGCUCAUGCACCAAUUCGAGUCGCACCUCGUCACCGCGAGCGAGCAGGACACGAUCAGCGUGUGGGACUGGGAGCGGCAGCGGCUGCUCUCGCGCUUCCGCAACGGCAACCCCGAGAAGACGAACGUGACUUCCGCCGCUUUCGUCAAUGAGGACGUCGACGCGCUGCUGCUCAUCGGCUCGGCUGAGGGUGACGUGCGCCUGUACAGCAACUACGACGAGAGCCCUACGCACGUGGCUGGCUCUGGCCCCAAGCUCGUCAGCACGUUCCGUGCGCUGCCAGACCUGGCACGCACGAAGCGUCCGGCCGGCCUGAUCGUCGACUGGCAGCAGGUCACCGGGCACCUGCUGGCUGCGGGCGACAGCGGCGUGGUGCGCGUGUGGGAUGCGCACCGCGAGCUGUGCGUGUGCGACAUUCCGACGCAUCAGGGGAGCAGCGUCACCAGCCUGACGUCCGAGUACGACGUGGGCCACAUCUUUGUCGCCGGCUUCUCGGACGGCACCGUGGGCGUGUACGACCGCCGCAAUCCGCCCGAGGCGAGCCUGGUGCGCCUGUGGACGGAGCACUCGACGUGGGUGCAGAACGUGCACCUGCAGCGGCGCGGCAAUCGCGAGCUGCUCUCGGCCAGCGUCGACGGCGAGGUGCGGCUAUGGGACAUCCGCGGGCGCUCGUCGAUCUCGCGCGCCAACAUCUCGGGCGCGCUCGGCGGCAAGCUGUCGUGCGUCGCCGUGCACGAGCGGGCCCAGGUGUUUGCUGCUGCCUCGCAUCCGCGCUCGACGCGCUCCGGCAUCGCACCGCACCAGAUCAUCCUGUCGCACCUCGACUCGCUGGCGCCCAACAUGCGCUCCUCGCCGCUGGUGCGCAACUUUGGCGCGGGCACCUCGUCGCUCCCGGGGGUCGGCGGGCCGUCGAUCUCGUCGGGCAUCGCACGUGCACCCUCUGCCUUCACGCCGGCGUUCGGUGCGCUGACGUUCCACCCGCACAACCACGUGCUGGCGUACGCCAGCCCCGACGCCGCCGGCACGAUUGGCGUCGUGCGCUGCCCGCCGCCCAAGCCGGACUUGGCGCCGCAGCAGGACGACGACGAGCGCAAGAUACCCGAGUACAUCGACGUGUCCGGCGCGCUGCCGAGCAACGGGCCACCCGAGGGCCGCCCGCGCAGUCUGUUUGGCUUCUGAGCGGCCUCCCCAUCCCUGCAUCCCCUCUCCGGCUCCCCUCCUCGCACAUCAUCGCCGUGUCUGCAUCUGCCGCCGCCCGCUCUCAUGCUUCCGCGCUGCAUUUGCCGUGGACUGCCAGGCCGUCCGUCCUAAUCACACACGCCGACGUGUCCCCCUUCACCUGCAUUUGCCUCACAUAUCAUCGUCCGAAAUGCCAUUGCUUUGCCC